AUGGCUGCCAGUUCAUAUUUUAAAGUCUGUAUUCUAGUUGCGAUAUUUGCUUUGCCGAAAUGUAAUUCGUGGCUACAAUGGGCUAAUGUUGUUCAUAAAGAUUCUUAUUUUACUGAUCUUUAUGGAUUGAAUGAGGAUGGCUCGGCAGUACGAAUUUAUGGCGAUUUUUUCGUACAACGUUUUGGUGUAAAUUUUCAACGUAUUAACUUGGAAAGGAAAUUUAGAGUCCCGGUUUCUGUCAAUAAGUAUACAAAGCGUGGUUCUACAUGUCUUAUUCUCUGCUCGAAACCUUUUAAGAUGGAUUUAUCGGUUCAUGUUGAUGUUGCUAUAAACCCAGGGCCUUAUAACCCUCAAGUUAAGUCAAUUCAAGCCAGAAAUUACCUGCGAGUAUGCUGUGUUCAAAGUCCGAUACGCUUGGCUAACCCAUCGUUUAAUGCGAAGAUUACUUAUUCUAAACAGCAAUUAUUUACUUGCCGAUCACGUCUAUCUAUUCCUAAAACACUUUUUAUGUCACUGAAAGAACUCGGGAUAUUAAAGGCUCGUCGUGUUCGUGCUGGUUUGUCUGCAAAAUCUAAAACUCGUGCUAUACCUGUUAUUUGUGGUACAAGAGGGGCCUUGAAAUCAAUUUAUUGUAGAUCGAACUCUCAUUGUGGUAUAAACAAAAAUAACUUGAUAUAUGCUAGUUUGGAUUGCUCAUCUCCAUCGUUGGAUAGACUUCCCGCUACAUUAUCGCUGUCGCUGUGUUUAUGGAAUGCAAGAUCAAUUGGAAGUAAGACUGGAUGUUUCCUUGAUUUCAUCUCUGAAUAUCGCCCUGAUAUCUUUGCCCUCACGGAAACAUGGCUCUCGCCUAAUGAUCAGGUUACCAGAGCAGCAAUUACUCCAGCUGGCUACAAGCUCAUGGACUGUCCUAGAAAUGACAGAAUGGGCGGAGGCACUGGUUUGCUAUAUAGUGAAAAUAUUGUUGUUCAAGAGGUUGAUUCAGGUGCGUUAAACUCAUUUGAAUUCUCUGAAUACGUGGUCAAACAUGUAAAUAAUAACUUCCGUAUCUGUAUAAUCUAUCGCCCACCAUAUUCUGUUGCACAUCCAGUUACUAAUCAAUCAUUCUUCCAACAGUUUAGUGGAUAUUUGGAAACUGUCAUACUUUCACCUGAACCAUUGCUAAUUUGUGGGGAUUUUAACAUUCACGUGGAGAUUGCAGAUAAUCCUGAUGCUGUUACAUUUCUGGAUAUGCUUGAAUCAAUGGCUUUAAAACAGUAUGUUAACUUUUCGACCCAUGAACAUGGCCACACAUUAGCUCUUAUCAUAACACGUUCAUCAGAUUCUAUUAUUUUGAACGAACCAAAACUGGGCCCCUUUCUUUCUGACCAUUGUAUUAUAAAUUGCCACCUUAAUGCAAGAAAAGCUAAACCUACAACUAAGCAAGUUACAUUUAGACGGACCAAAGCUAUUAACAUUGAGACUUUCAAAACUGAGCUAUUAGCAUCUGAUUUGAUUGUUAAUACCCCCUCAUGCCUGGAUGAAAUAGUUGGUUUAUACAAUUCUACUCUGGAAUCCAUGUUGGAUAAAUUUGCUCCAGCUAUUUCGAAGACAGUAGUGAUUCGUCCAUCGGUCCCUUGGUUCAAUGAUGACAUUAGGGGGGCAAAACGCGCUAGACGCUCUGCCGAACGUAAGUGGAGGUCAUCCAAUGCUCUCUGUGAUCUAAUGGAGUAUAGAGUUAAAAGAAAUAACUUGAAUUUUGUAAUGAAACAAGCGCGAACUAAUUAUUAUCGAAAUCUUAUUGAGGAAAAUGGCAGUGAUCAACGUAAACUUUUUAAGUUGUCUAAGGAGCUUUUAAAUCUGAAUCCGAAACAGCUUUUUCCUCAACACUCAGAUAACUACAUUUUGGCUAACUCUAUUGGUUCAUUUUUUACUGAGAAAAUAACGAAAAUCAGAUCUGAAUUGGAUUCAAGACCCUUGUCAUGUGAUGAUUUACCAUCUACCAGCGCCAGUCCUAAUGCUACAUUGACCAAUUUUGAACUUUUGAGUGAGACACAGAUUCGGAAUCUUGCUGUUUCUUCGGUGAGAGGAUCGUUUAUUUUAGACCCGAUCCCUGCUUCUCUGUUCAAUGAGAGCUCCGAUGUGUUGCUGCCUUUGAUUACUACAAUGGUGAAUCUGUCUUUGCAAUCCGGCUGUUUUCCAGAUAUAUGGAAAAUAGCAAUCUUGAAACCAUUGCUUAAGAAACGAGAUUUAGAUCCGGUCUUUGGGAAUCUUCGACCAAUUAGCAAUUUAUCCUCCAUAUCCAAGCUGACAGAACGUGCAGUUGUUGAUCAAGUUCAAUGCUAUCUGACUACAAACAGUCUCUAUCCUUUAUUACAAUCGGCUUAUAGAAAAUAUCACAGUACUGAAACGGCCUUGUUAAAAGUAAAGAACGAUUUGUUAAUGAAUAUGAACAAGGGUCAUGUGUCAAUAUUGGUUUUGCUUGAUAUGAGCUCAGCCUUUGACACCGUAGAUCACGAGAUCCUGAUCCAAAGACUUGAGACAAAGUUUGGUUUUAAAGGUACUGUUCUUGCAUGA